AUGGAGGAUUUUCCUAGUGUUUCGGCCUAUUGUCAGCGUCUGAAACAUAUCUCUGAUCAGUUGAGGAAUAUUGGGGCUCCAGUCAGUGACCAUCGUCUUGUUCUUCAGUUGGUCUCUGGUCUCACUGAGCCUUUUCGUGGUGUUGCCACCCUGAUCCGUCAAAGCGAGCCUUUGCCUCCUUUCCUCAAGGUCCGCUCCAUGUUGAUUCUCGAGGAAUCUGGUCUCGCCAGGAUGUCAGGUCCGGCCUCUCAGACUGCUUUGCACACCUCUGCUUCCCGUCCACAGGCCUCCGUUGACUCCUCUCCGCAGCGCCCCACCUACCGCAGCGAUCAGGGCCACUCCAACCAUCGUUAUGGGUCAGGGCACACUCGCCAUUAUCAGGGUGGUUCUGGUAAACCUAAGAAGAAAGGUGGCUCCCGUUAUCCUGGAUCAUCUGGCUCCUCUGGUUCCUCUGCUGCAUCUCCUCCACCCUGGCGCCCACCACCGCAGGCAUCCUGGAAUCCCUGGGUGGUCGCGUCCCAUGGGUGCUCCGCCGCAACCCGGCGUUUUAGGUCCGCGUCCUCAGGCCUACACCGCCACUGCUUCUCCAGCACCCACUGA